AUGCGCUGCCUUGGAAAUGCGGGUUUCAGCGCCUAUCCGGUUGUCUGCAAAGAACCAGAGCGCAGAACAACAACUCUAAAUGGAUUUUCGAUCCCUCCCCCGGCUGUCAACUCUGUCGGCCGAUUUCCGCGAUUGGCCGCGCUGCAAAGCCCAUAUCUGUGCCAAUACCUCGAGAUUAUUCGGUGUCGCGAAGCCCCAAGCAUUGUCGCGAUGAUCAGCGAGCACUAUGCGCAUAAUCUGUCGGACAAAUUGAACAUAUUGACGGUCGAUGAGAAAUUGCAAACGGUGGCUCAAAUUUCCGCGGCUCUUGACUACCUACACACGAGAGAAAUCUAUUCUGGUUUCGUUGAUGUGUCGACGGUUGAGUUGACGACUUCUGAUGACGAGCAGUGGUUGGCCCGAUUGUCGCAAUAUGGUACCAGUUAUAUAACUGGAUACGGAGAAGAUCAAGCUCGAAUGACUGGAAAUCAGUACUGUCGACCGCCGGAACGUAUGGUUGACGAGGAAGUGUAUAGAGGUGCGACCGAAUAUGGCGAUGUUUGGGCUCUUGGGAUCGUGUGCUUACAGCUGCUAAUCGGCAUCACUUUGAAAGAACUUUGCACGGAAGACACUUUUGCGACGAUCCUGAUUGACGUGUUGCGAAUCCAAGAUGGGCGUGUGUUUGAGAAUUUGCUACAGCGGCUAAAAGAGACAUCGUCAGCUGUAGUGGACGUUGAUGGUGAAUCUCUGCUUUUCAAAAUCGCCGAUCGAUGCCUUCAAAAGCUACCCCGUCAUCGACCAGAUGCUUCUGCAAUACUAGAAUGUUUGAAAGAAAAGGGCGUCGUGCCAAAACCCGGAGAUGAUGGCUUUAACGAGUGGUCACAAAUGAAGGAAGCGAUAUCAAAGCUUGCCCCGGAAGAGUGGAUCUUGAGGGAGCUGCCAAUUAAAGAAGCAUGGUUUCUUUGGAAGCUUUGUGGCAGUCAAGUCGAGUCUCUGCUUGUCCGAAAUGAAAUUAUCAAGCUUGAUCCUCCGAUCGUCACACUUCCCAGUAUCAUUAUUAACGAGUUUCAUCUGUUUGAAAGAGAGGGACCCCGACGUUUCUAUGUUGACAAGAUUAUAUUCAAGCUUCCAUGCAACAAUUUGCGAAUGAAGCUCCGGUCGCUGAAUCCUCGAUUGAUGCUGCAUUCUUUCGAAUUGGACGGUGAUGACUUUCCGUCUGAAGGCGAGGAUUUGCCUGUCAUUGUGAAAGAAAAAGACUUCACCUAUCAGUGCACGCGGAUCAAUGCCGGGAAUAGGCUCGUUGACGCCUUUUCUUUUAAAGCGGAAGCACUACGGAAGUUGGUAGCCACUGACAUUCCACCCAUGAUUCGACCAAAAGUCUGGGCUGCGCUAUUGAAUGUUACUGAAGCAUCGACUUGGACGUUCGAGGACCUUGAUACUUUCUCCAGUCACCCAUCUGAUAGCCAGCUUGAAGUUGAUAUCCCGAGAUGCCAUCAGUACGAAGAACUGAUGACCUCAGCAACUGCGCAAGCCAAACUGAAACGCCUUGUCAAAGCCUAUCUUCGUGGCCAUCCGGAAUGUGUGUAUUGGCAGGGACUCGACUCUGUUGCAGCGCCUUUCUUGCUGUUGUAUUUUGAAGAUAUGCCUAGAGCGUUUGCGUGUAUGAGCGCGUUCAUCACCAAAUACAUGCACAAUGUCUUCAUCCACGACAACAUCCAAGUUAUCGGAGAAUAUUUCCAUCAAUUCGAGAAGCUGCUCGCUUAUACCGACGCGGAACUGUGGCUCUGUAUGCAGCGGAUCCAGUUCUUCCCCGAGCUCUAUGCAAUUAGAUGGUUCCUGACCUGUUUUGCCCAUGUUCUUCCGCUACACAAACUCUUCCACGUUUGGGAUCGCCUUCUACUUUGUGAUGUCCAUUUUCCCCUCUGCAUUGGGCUCGGAAUUUUUGCACAACUGCGAGGUCGGCUCGUAAAGGCAACUUUUAACGAUGCUAUCCUACUGUUCUCCGAUUUACCGUUCUUAGAUAUGGAAAAGGUGAUUGAAGAAGCCGUGCGUGCCUAUUCGUAUAUCCCAAAAAGUUGUGCUUUUCGAUUCCACGGCUCGGACAACCAGGGACCAGUAAAAGAACACACGAUGCAGCAUUUGACCCCGGCUCAAUUGCGCGAGUGUGUCUCUCCUCGGAUGAGCCGCGAAGACUUGAUUGCUCGCAUCGAAAAGCAAGCAGUAUUGUUGCUGGAUAUUCGCACAGCACCAGAAUACAAUCGAGUCUCGGUCAUUCGAAGCAUCAGCUUCCCUCAUUAUCCUGUCGGAGACCUAUCGAAUAUUCAAAACCUGCUGAACGCGGCCCAAGAAAACAAACAUCCGAUUUGCAUUAUGGAUGGAGGCAUGCAUAUGAUGGCCAGUGCGUUUGCGAAACGUCUGGUUGAGGAAAAGACGACCUGUUGCGUUUGCAUUCUGGACGGUGGUUUCGAUGGUAUGCGCAACUUCCAGCACCUCCUCCAAGUCGGUCAAUUC